AUGAAGACUAUGCAAACCGCUGUCUGGGGUGCUCUAGCCGCUCUCGUCGUAGCUGUUACAGCCCAGACGGGUGACAAUCUUCCUGAAUGCGGUAGGCGUUGUAUAGACAAUAUGCAUAAGAAAGCUACGGAACUCGGAUGUGCCGAUGGCGACGCCGUAUGCCUGUGCAAGAACGCAAACUUCGCAUAUGGCAUCCGGGAUUGUUCGACAGAUGUAUGUGGCGCUGAAGCAGCGGUACCUGUGAUUGCAUAUGCUGUUACCUACUGUAAUUCGGCUGGCGCUGGAGGUUCCGGAUCUGGUUCACCAUCUGGGUCGGGUACUAACUCCAUGCCUGGAAUGUCCCACACAGGUUCUUCAGAUUCUACACCUGCAACCGCUUCCGCAACAAUGAGCUUAGGCACAGGUCUCCCAUCUGCCGCAACCACAUCUGCCCUUUUAACAACUAUCACUUCCGGGACAGAGGUGAUCACAAGCACUAUCGGGUCUACCACAGUUUACCACAGCUCGCAUGCAACAUCCAUGUCAUCUCUGGUGUCAUCGCUAAGCUCUGCCAUUGAAUCUUCGAUGUCAAUGUCCUCGAUGACCGGAACAGCCUCCCAUACUUCCUCAACAACCACACCAUCCUCAACAUCAAGUGAUAAUGCUGCCCGUCAAACCACCUACGCUGGCCUUGCAGCAGCAGCAGGACUAGCAGCUUUAUUUUUGUGA